AUGCGCCCUCUCACGCGCUCUAUCACACGCACUCUCACGCGCUCUCUCACGCGCUCUCUCACUCGCUCUCUCACGCGCCCUCUCAUGCUCUUUCUCAUGCUCUCUCUCACGCGCUCCCUCUCGCGCUCCCUCACGCGAACUCUCAUGCGCUCUCACGCACUCUCUCACGCUCUCUCUCACGCGCUCUCUCACGCACUCUCACGCGCUCUAUCACGCACUCUCUCACGCGCUCUCGCACGCGCUCCCUCACGCGCUCUCUCACGCGCUCUCUCACGCGCCCUCUCAUGCUCUUUCUCAUGCUCUCUCUCACGCGCUCCCUCUCGCGCUACCUCACGCGAACUCUCAUCCGCUCUCACACACUCUCUCACGCUCUCUCUCACGCGCUCCCUCACGCACUCUCACGCGCUCUCUCACGCACUCUCUCACGCGCUCUCGGACGCGCUCCCUCACGCACUCUCUCACGCGCUCUCUCACGCGCUCCCUCACGUGCUCUCUCACGCGCUCUCUCAUGCGCCCUCUCACGCGCACUCUCAUGCACUCUCUCACGCGUCUCACGCACUCUCUCAUGCGCCCUCUCACGCGCUCUAUCACACGCACUCUCACGCGCUCUCACACGCGCUCUCUCACUCGCUCUCUCACGCGCUCUCUCACGCGCUCUCUCACGCGCCCUCUCAUGCUCUUUCUCAUGCUCUCUCUCACACGCUCCCUCUCGCGCUCCCUCACGCAAACUCUCAUGCGCUCUCACGCACUCUCUCACGCUCUCUCUCACACGCUCUCUCACGCACUCUCACGCGCUCUCUCACACACUCUCUCACGCGCUCUCGCACGCGCCCCCUCACGCGCUCUCUCACGCGCUCCCUCACGCGCUCUCUCACGCGCUCUCUCACGCGCCCUCUCAUGCUCUUUCUCAUGCUCUCUCCCACGCGCUCCCUCUCGCGCUCCCUCACGCGAACUCUCAUGCGCUCUCACACACUCUCUCACGCUCUCUCUCACGCGCUCUCUCAUGCACUCUCACGCGCUCUCUCACGCACUCUCUCAUGCGCUCUCGCACGCGCUCCCUUACGCGCUCUCUCACGUGCUCUCUCAUGCGCUCUCUCACGCGCUCUCUUACGCGCUCUCUCACGGGCUCUCUCACGCGCUCUCUCACGCGCUCUCUCACGCGCUCUCCCACGUGCUCCCUCAUGUGCUCUCUCUCACGCACUCUCUCACGCGCUCUCUCAUGUGCUCUCUCACGCGCACUCUCAUGCACUCUCUCACGCGUCUCACGCACUCUCUCAUGCGCCCUCUCACGCGCCCUCUCACGCGCACUCUCACGCGCUCUCACACGCGCUCUCUCACGCGCUCUCUCACGCGCUCUCUCACGCGCUCUCUCACGCGCCCUCUCAUGCUCUUUCUCAUGCUCUCUCUCACGCGCUCCCUCUCGCGCUCCCUCAUGCGAACUCUCAUGCGCUCUCACGCACUCUCUCACGCUCUCUCUCACGCGCUCUCUCACGCACUCUCACGCGCUCUCUCACGCACUCUCUCACGCGCUCUCGCACGCGCUCCCUUACGCGCUCUCUCACGCGCUCCCUCACGCGCUCUCUCACACGCUCUCUCACGCGCCCUCUCAUGCUCUUUCUCAUGCUCUCUCUCACGCGCUCCCUCUCGCGCUCCCUCACGCGAACUCUCAUGCGCUCUCACACACUCUCUCAUGCUCUCUCUCAAGCGCUCUCUCACGCACUCUCACGCGCUCUCUCACGCACUCUCUCACGCGCUCUCGCACGAGCACUGCAAGCACCUGGCACUCCACUGAUAUUUCGGACGGCAGAACGUACAUCCUUGCAAAACGACCGCGGCCAGUGA